AUGACUAAUAUUGGAGUACUACGGAAUGUGUUUCUCGUCAUUUUGUUUAUAAACGUUUUCCAUUUUGUAAAGGUGUUUCGACUAGAGGAGGAAAAACUUAGACAACUAGCUAUAGCACACGCGUCGUCAAUAGACUACACUACUGACGACCAGGUCCAGUAUGACAAAAACAAAGAUUAUCACUUGUUGGAACCAAAACAGAAAAUAUCGUACCUAUUAAAUAAAGUACAUCAAAAUCAAGAUAAUCGUUAUUGGCUAGCUGAUACCUCGGUAGAAAAUCCAUCCGUUUUAAUCAACCCACAUGCUUACCUACCGCCAAGAACAUACAACUAUGUUGAUACUUGGCAGAACAAGUCAGAACUAUACUACGAGCCAAGGUUUACUCUUGCAAUAUACUUGGAUGAAUUAAAACAUCAGCUCAAAUUGUAUAACCCCAAUAAUGAACGGCUGAAGGACCAUUUGAUACGAAUGCCCUUUGCCUGGUCAGACUGGGUUGAUUUGACUAUGUUGAAUGAAGAAAUUCUAAAACCAAUAAACGCACGAAGAACAUGCGAGUCACUACAAGAGCGUGCAAAUAAAAGGACAAAAUACCCCAAGUGGUGUAAGAAUUUGGUUGAUUUGGAUGACGAGGAAAUCGAAGAAAUUGGAUUGUCAAGAGAAGAUAUGCCCGGAUUUAUCGUUCGUAGCUCCCCCAUGAAUAAAGCUCAUCACAAGGAGGUUAUGCUUCAAGGAAAAGGGCACUUGUUAACAUCACAAGAAAACCCAAUUGCAAUGAUCUUCCUAACUAAAGAUGGAACUUAUGAGACUCAGUUAAUGGACCAGCGGCAGAGAUUGGUGCGUACUGAUUUAUUCGAAAAGUAUUUGAAAAGAAGAAAUUUGGACCCUGAAUCCGAUUUGGAAGAGAUUGAAAUGAACCCACAGACAGAGUUUAAUUCAUUACUUGAAACUGUGCCUGCUAGACCACUAAAUCGGGAAGAUGACAUAUAUCAGAUGAGACAGAUUACGAGACAAAAGAAUUCAACCGCUUCACGAGAGUUACAUCUCGAUAAGGAUGCAUUUCAUUAUAAACAAGAGGCCAUUGAUGAGCAAAUUAGUGACUAUGAAGUUAGAUUGAGCAAAAUCCAGGAAUCAGUAACCAAUGAGUUGAGAUAUGAUCCCGUAGUAAUUGAAGAGAAUCGAUUGAACCGGCAUGAAAUUAAUCAUUACAAUGGAUUGAAAACUGCCAACAAAUACCCAGUUGCCAAAGAACCAACUUAUUACAAACUUGCCACUUUGAAAAAAGACAAGAGUAAUAGUGAUGCUGGAUGGCAUUAUGAAUGGAGGUUUUUCAAUGGAGCACUCAGAUACAUCAAGGACGAUACAUGGACUACUCAACAGUUGGAAGUAAGGGAACAAAUCAUUCUUGACAGACUUUUGAGAAAUUGGUUUAGAUUUGCAGAGGAAAAAGGGAUCAUCUCAUGGAUUGCCCAUGGUCCACUUUUGUCUUGGUAUUGGGACGGAUUGAUGUUUCCGUAUGAUCUUGAUAUUGAUAUCCAAAUGCCUAGCUCGGAAUUGAACAGAUUAUCAGCCAACUACAAUAUGACUUUAGUUAUUGAAGAUAUCAGUGAGGGCUAUGGCAAAUAUCUUAUUGAUUGCUCUACAUUUCUACAUCAUAGGGACAUGGCGGUAAAAGAUAAUCAUAUUGAUGCUAGGUUUAUUGAUAUUGAUAGUGGUACUUAUAUUGAUAUAACUGGAAUUGGUAUCAACAAUGAGCAACCGCCACCAGAAUAUGAUGGCUAUAUCAGAAACAAGCAACGCAAAAAGGAGUCUGUUGAAUUAUACAUGGAUAGAAGAAAGCACUGGUUGAAUUUUGAAAAAAUCAGCCCCUUGCAUUACUCAAUGAUUGGUGGAGUUCCCGUGUACGUUCCUAACGAUAUUAUGUCUAUGCUCAACAACGAAUACUCGGGUGGAACUAGAUCAUACUAUUAUGGAGGAUAUUAUUAUGUGCCAUGUUUAAGAUUGUGGUUACAAGUGGACAAGAUCAAACCAAUUUUCAAACCUGAGCAAUACGAAGCAAAGACCAAAGUGCGUGAACGGGAAAAGUUGACUGAGUUGAUCAAAAAUCUCGACGAUGAAGGUAAAUUAAGGCUUUUGGAAAUGCAUGAGGAUGUGUUGAUUGAAUAUUACCUCACUCAUAAAUUGACUGCUUUGCAUGAAAUUGAAAAAAAGUAUAUGCUUGAUCACACUUUACAACAGCUGAUGUUCAAUUUACUGGGAAAUGUUGAUUAUCAUCAAUUAACGUCGAGGUUUAAAAUGGGAUCUGCGUUGAGAAAGAGCUUGUUUGAUUUUGAAUACUUUGAGAGGUUCAAACACAUGGGCAAAGAGGAAAGUCAAGGUGAAUAUCUUGAAGAUGACGACGGUAUUGACCAUACGUUAAAGAGUUAUUUGCAUUCUGUACCCACCCUGGAUAAGGGCAUCAAUGGCAAACUUCAACGUAAAGUCAAGGAUGUGAAAGUUCCCGAGACUGGAGAUCUGGAUGGCGAUGAUGGUGAUGAGAGGCUCGACGUUUUUGACAAGGAUGAUACAGUAGAUGUUAAUGAGGAUGAUGAUGAUGAUAAUGAUGAUGAUGAUGAUGCUUCACAAAUGGCCGAUAGUGAAGGAAGCGAAAGAGUAGGUGAGCAUAUUCAAAUUGGUAGAGUUUCUUUGAAGUUGCCAGCUAGUGCUGUAAAGGUUAAUGAAUCACCAAAGGAAGGUUCCCUGGAAGAUAAAGAAGGAAUAUCUGAUUCCACAUAA